CCAGAUGAAGAAGAAAAGUGACGGUUCACCGGAGACUGAAACAAACAAAAAAGAUUAGGGUGAACGGUGCGAGGUGCGGAAAGAACCUUGCUCUGUGUGCGUAUAUUUUUUGAAACCCCAGAUUGCCUUGGGUGUGUUUUUUUGUGUUGAAGUUACGACGAUGUUUUUGUUGUGAACCGCAGUCAUCCUUUCAACAGAGAAAGAGCGCUAGCUCGCUAGCAUUUAGACAGUCAUUGCAAUGGCCACCGACAGCGGUAACAACAUGGACAGAGAAAUUAUUCUGGCAGAUUUUCAGGCUUGCACUGGUAUCGACAACAUAGCAGAAGCCAUCGCACUCCUAGAACUGAACAACUGGGAUUUAGUGGCAGCGAUCAAUGGGGUGAUUCCACAGGAAAAUGGCACCUUACAGAGUAACUUCUCCAGCCAGGCAGCUCAGACCGACCUGUUUGGACUCCACGGCGAGCCCCCAGCCGCUACGCCACCUCCCUCCUCUUCCUCUCCCCCUCCACCCUCCUCCUCCUCCCCCCCUCCACCCUCCUCCUCCUCCUCGUCCUCAGCUUUCUGCCCCACCCGGCCGCAGAGGCACAUUGUGGAGCGCCAGCCUCGCAUGCUGAACUUCCGGGUGGAGUAUCGGCACCGCUGCGUGGAGGUGGUGGUGGAGGAGGCCAGUACCGUGGGUGAAAUCAAACAGAUCCUGCAGACGGAGCUACAGAUCCCCCUGUCUAAGAUGCAGCUGAAGGGCUGGAAGACCGGCGAUGUGUCUGACACUACUGUUUUGAGAAGUCUGCACCUGCCAAAGAACAACAGCCUGUACGUUCUGACGCCUGACAUCCCCACUACGGCCAGCAGCCAAGACAACUCUCAGCAGGAGUCGCUGCGUCGCAACUUCCUGCUGAUCGUCAGCCAUCGCGAAGCACAGCGGGAUUACAGCCUCAACUUCCCCGGGGACAGGACCAUCCAGGAGGUGAAGAGGAACGUGUCGGACCUGACCAACAUCCCAGUAAGACACCAGCAAUGGGAGGGCUGGCCUGCUUCUGCCACUGACGAGUCGAUGACACUGGCUGCCUCGGGAAUCAGCUACCCCUGCCACCACCUGUCUGUGUACCGGAGACCUGCCUCAGGUGACACCCGAGAGCCAUCGGACGAGAGCACAGAUGUCCACAUGCAGAGUGACAGCGAGGGGGAUGACUUUGAGGACGUUUCUGAAUUUGGAGUGGACGAGGCAGAGAUUUUCGGAAACGGGACGACUAGCUCCCGCAAGUGUCCCAUGAUGCCAGAAAAUGCAGAAGAUGAAGCGGAGGCCUUAAUGCAGUUUACAAAUGAAUUCACAACAAGGUAUGGAGAGUGCCAUCCAGUGUUCUUCAUCGGGUCUCUGGAGGCAGCGUUUCAGGAGGCAUUCUACGGCAGAGCUCGAGAUAGAAAGCUGCUCGCCAUCUACCUCCACAACGACGACAGCGUCCUCUCCCACGUCUUCUGCUCUCAGAUGAUGUGCGCAGAGACCGUGGUCUCCUACCUCUGCCAGAACUUCAUCACCUGGGCCUGGGACGUCACCAAAGAGGCCAACAAAUCCAGAUUGCUGACGAUGUGCACGAGGCAUUUUGGCAGUGUGGUGUCCCAGUCUGUGCGCUCCUAUGAGAAAGACCAGUUCCCGCUGCUCCUCAUUGUCAUGGGCAAGCGGGCCUCCAACGAAGUUCUAAACAUCAUCCAAGGUAACACGACAGUAGAUGAGCUGAUGAUGAGGAUGAUCGGAGCGAUGGAGAUCUUCAAAGCCCAGCAGCAGGAAGACAUCAGGGAUGAGGAUGAAAGAGAGGCCAGAGAGAUGGUGAAGAGGGAGCAGGACGAAGCAUACCGCCUGUCUUUAGAGGCUGAUCGGAAAAAGAAAGAAGCGCAGGAGAAGGAGGUGGCCGAGUUGAAUCGUCGGGAGCAGAUGCGCAAAGAGCAGGAAGAGGAGCGUGAGGCUAUUCGACUCUCACUGGAGCAGUCUCUGCCAGAGGAACCCAAAGAGGAGUGCGGUGAGCCAGUCAGCAAGCUGCGUGUGCGGACGCCCAGCGGGGAGUUUCUGGAGCGCCGUUUCCUGGGCAGCUGCAGGCUGCAGGUUCUCUUUGACUUUGUGGCGUCGAAGGGCUUCCCCCAGGAGGAGUACAAACUACUCACCACCUUUCCUCGCCGAAAUAUAACCCAGCUGGACCCGCUGAGCACCUUCCUAGAGGCCAAACUGUUUCCACAAGAGACCCUCUUCCUGGAAGCCAAGGACUAGCACUGAGAGGGUGUAGCACACACACAUACACACAAACAUGCACACUUACACACCCAGACACGACUGACAAAGCCAACAGACACAAGCAUGCACACUGCCAAGAGCCUGAUGGCUCUCCUUCUACAUACAUGAACACGAACGUACUUGUUUGUACACAGUCACACUCUCAUGGUGAUGCAUACUGUCUGUCACAAACUCACACAUUCUCACACACAGACACACACACCCACACACACUCUCUUAAUUGCAGUAACUCCUGGUGUUCACUGGUGAAAUAAAAAGGAGAUUACCAAAUACAGAAAACCUGGACGAGGACUUCACAGAGGCACUGUAUGAAACGUGUCCAGAGCGGUAAAGGCUAACGGAGUUUUCCUGCAGAAUGCUGGACUGCCUGCACACAACUCCCAUUCUCACCCAACACCUGUUCAACUGCGCCUAACCCUGUGCGUGUACACACACACACACACACACACACAUACAUACCAUGUACACA